UCUAGAAUGAACUACAUGGUCCAAGCUUUGGCAGACAUUUGUGUCAGUUUCCUGGGUCCCAGGUACCACUCCGAGGAUUCUGUUAUUCUGUUCUGAACUUGUGUAUCUUCUUGUUUCUGUCACAAAGAGCUCAUCGAGGCAGAAUCUCUAUGGCAUCAUCAAAGCUCCAAGCAUUCUGGAACCACCCUGCUGGUCCCAAAACCAUUCAUUUUUGGGCCCCAACUUUUAAAUGGUGCGUCAGCAUAGCCAAUGUUGCUGACUUCUCAAAGCCACCAGAGAAUAUCUCUUAUCCCCAGCAAAUAGCUGCUACCUGCACCGGCCUAGUGUGGUCACGGUAUAGCACAGUGAUUAACCCGAAAAACUGGAACCUUUUCUCUGUCAAUAUUGCAUUGGCUGGAACUGGCUUGUAUCAACUCUCACGCAAGAUCAAGAAGGAUUACUUUUCUGAGGGAGAGGUAGUAGCAAUGGCCAAAGAAUGAUUGACAGUAACCAAAAAUUGCAGGCAAUCACUAUGAUUUUGGCAGAUAUAGCUUCAUCCUUUUGUAUAUCUUUGAAUCAUUUGAUACAUAUUAGACUUUCCUCUUUGCAAAACAGAUAAUCAUUUGUUUCUGCUAAUCACCAUUUUUGUAGUGUAGUCUAAGCAUACAUGCUGCAAUUUAUGAAUAUUAUUUACAUUAA